AUAAAUUUUGAUUCUUUAUUUAAUAAUAAUAUUGUACCUAUGAAUUAAACAUUAAUAAUAAAAGUAUCUAUUAAUCUAUUCUGUGCCUUCAUCAUCUUUAAAAUAUAUGAUAACUGUCAAUGUUUUACGAGUCAUCUUGUUAUUUAAAAUUUUUAUGAAGAUACAUUUCAGAAUUAUUUUUUCCCCUAAUAAUUUUUAAAAGUGCAAAAAAUGUAAAAUUAAAACGAAUACAAAUAAAUAUCAUAAUAUAGCCUCUACACUUUUUAAUUUCAUACUGUACACUUAACAUUUCAUAUUAUACACAAUUUUAGUCCCUGCUACUUUCUCAACUACAACGAUGACCACAUCAGUCUUUAGUAUCAGCUCUUUUUAUAUUGUGUAGUUUUGGUUAAAUUUUUUACUUUUUUAUAACAUUUUUAAAACUCUUUAUUUUCAUUAUGUAAUAAAAUUGUUUAUUAUUAAAAAGGAAAAUAUAUAAAUUUAAAAGUAAUUGAUUUCAUAUACUCAAGUCUAUUAAUUUUACCCUUUUUAUAACAUCAAAUUUAUUGCGUUACACAAUUUGUUUCUCGGUUGAAAUCUUAUAAGUAUGAAUAUACAUACUACAGUAUAAUGCAAACGGUUAUCAUUUAAUUUAUUUUACAAAGCAAAACUUAUUUGUAAAAUUGAAUUUAUUAUUCUAGAAUCAAACGUUAAUAUAUAACUGACAAACAGAUCAAUAUAUUAUACCAUAGAGUAAAUAAAACAUGUGAUAUUUAUUACAUUAUUAAAUAGUAAAUAAACUAAUUUAAAUAAUGAGGAAUUUAGUUAUUAAUUCAUAUACAUUUUAGAAAAAGUAAUUUAUGUGUAAUAUGCUAGAGACCAGUACAUAAUUAUAGAAAUUAUUAAAUGAUUUUUAUAAUUAACAUUAUAUUUAAUUACAUUUUUUAAACUUUUGUAUACCUAAGUUAAAUGAAUUUUGUUCUCUAUAAUAUUUUAAGUAGAUAAUUUCAAAAACAAAAAAUGUAAAUUUGUUUAAAGUGUGCAGCAAGGAAUAUAAUAUGAGUAUCUGUGUGACAUGAAUUUAAGAGCUUAAUAGUUAUAUUUUAUAUAAACCUGGGUUUUAAAGAUAAAUUAUUAAAAAGAAUUCUUAUUUUAUGACUUGAUAAUUAUUUUAAAUAUGCAAUAAACAUAAGACUAGUUUAAUGAUUUUAACAAUUGAGUGAUUCUUUCUUGACAUUCUUCUUUUUUCCGCUUGAGACCACUGUCCAACUCAACAAAUUGAUUUCUUCCAACUUUACCGGCUAUAAGUUUUUCAGUAUAUAAAGCUUGGGUCUGUCCAUAAAGUUCUUUUAAUAAUUUUUCAGUCUUCUGUACAUCAUUCAAUUUAUCUGUUAGUUCUACUGAUUCAGUUUUUAAUUUUGCAGCUAAUUCAUUGAUUCCAUUUGAUUCAUUUUUAUAAUCUGCCUGAAUCUGUUUUACUGUUGUAUUAUAAGAAUUUACAUCUUUGGUAUGUUUCAAUUUAUUCAAAGCCUCGUCCCAAGAGUUGUAUACAUUAGCUCUUCGUUCAAUAUGAUACAUAAUUGCACUCAUUAUCCCAGAUAUGCGCUGACGAGUUUCACUGUGAACAUCUUUGGCUAUUGAGAAGUCCAAACGAACCCAAAUAAUGACAGUUAUAAAUAGAAUAUAAAUAGCAAUAAUAACAAUCAAUGGUUCAUGAAACAUAAACGCUUUUGGAAAUUUAUAUUUUAAUUCAAAAUCACUAAUAUGACUUUCUACAACAUUUGACAUUUUCAAUUUAAUUGUGGGUCUACCAAUGGUAUCCAAGUAUGUAUAGUGUAAGCCAUCUGGCAAACGUACACUCGGAUGUGGGGUUUUUAGGUUCAAAUCGCUUGAUCCUUCAGGAAGUAUAAUGACUACUGUUACAUCUUCAAUUAUCAUAUUAUCGUAUAAAUGAUCGAUUAGACGCAUUUUUAACAAAUAGUCUUCACCACUGUUGUACAAAUAUUCAUAAGCUGGUACAUUGUAACCAAUUGUAUAGUGAGUUUUCCAACCACCAAACAAAGGAAAUCUUGGUCGAAUAUCUAACUCAACAGAAUCCAAAAGUGUUCUUUGAUUUGAUGUAGAUAUGUUACCAAUAACAUCUCUAUAGUAAACACUUGUUGCUGAAGCUGGAAGGUACAUUUUGAAAGAUUUUACACUGGACACCCCGCUAUUUGUUUCACGUUGGUAAUCAUAACGCGAAAAUGAACCUUUUAACUUUGCACCAUGAUGAGCAAGGUCAACAACUUCGGUAACAGCUACAUUUCCCCAAUGUGAUAGUUCAAUAGUUCUAAUCAGUUUGGUAACUUUCAAAAAUGGAGUAUUAUUAUCAUAAUGAAUACUAACUUUUGAAUACGCAAAUGAUUCUAAUGAACCAUAAGGCCCAUAGAUUACAUCUCCAGACGAUAACGAUACUGGAUUGAAAAUAGUAUAAUCUUCUAUUCGCCUUGUACCAGUUUGAAAUUUAAUUGAAGACUUGAGAGUUUUGUAAGGAGAGUAAAAAUAAGCAUUUCCAUUAAACAUCAUAAGCUGUCUGUCUUUUUGAGUUAUUUCUUCAGGAUGAGGGUACAAAGCGUUUGUUAAUACAUAUUCAAUUACAAUCGGUGUACGACUUUUUAAUCUUAAUGGCCGUGUUGCAUUAAAAUCAAUUUGAUAAAAUUGUUUAUCUCCGUGUCCAAGGAGUGCCACUGGUUUAACAUGUAAACCUAAGCGAUUAGAUUCAUAUAUUUGGUGAGCAGAAACAAAUGCUAUGUGGUUUUUGUAUGAAGGUUCAAAUGCAUAUAAAAUAGAGUUUACAGGUUUAUCAUCAUUAUUUUCUAAAGAAAUACGACAUUCACCUUUAACUAAUUGGGUGCUUAAAUCCACUAAGCACUCAACAUUAUUUAUUAAUAUUUUAGGAUUGAUUUCAAUUGAAUAAGUAGCAGAAAUAGUAAUCGCUACCAUGAACAAUCGGAGCAAGAACAUUUUUUUUUUUUUUUACGAACCUGAGAAAAUGUUCCACAGUUCCAAGUCUUGUUUUUGUAUUUUAUUUGGAUUUUUUAUACCUGAAACAUCAAAACAAAGGAACCGUUUGGUAAAACUGAUAUAGGUAUAUUUUUGUAUUUACAUAUAGGUAUUAUUUUAAAUUACAAUUUAUUUGAUAUGUUUUUUUUAAUUUUUUUGUGUUGCUUCGUGUUUUUGUGUUUUGUCUUUAACUGUGUAUUUGGCAAAUGUCUUUAAUGGAUCAAACGGUUCCCAUCUGCUGGCAGGGAAGAUGUGUUUGUUCCUUUCAUACCAACUUCUCAAUAAUACUUUGCCUGCAUGAGAGUCUUCUUUUUCUAAACUAGCAUCACUAACCAUUCGUAUAUCAUCGUGUACACCAAAUGUAAAUAAUGGACCACUUUUACCUCUAGCUUUAGCUACAAUAAAAUCAUAAAAUGAAUAAUGAUGUGGUAGUAUUAGAUCUUCUUUAACAUACAUUAGUUGGUCAGCCAUUAUAGUUUUAAGUUCACCAAAUUCUCGACGCAAUUGUUCUAAAGCUUUUUGUAAAAAUUGAUAGAUUGAAUUACCCUUUUUCAUAACAAUUGUACGUCUAUGCCCUGAACCAUCCCAAUAACUAAAUGUAAUACUAAUUUCUUCUUCUUUUAAACACUUCUGUUUAUCAGUCCAUUCUUGACGUAAAUUUUCACGUAAACAGUUUUCUUCAGAUUCCCUAGCACGAUCGGGUAAAAAACUUGUAUCUACAUCAGGAUUUUUUUUAAUUUUUUUGGGUAAAGGUUGAGAAGGUUCUUUAUCUACUUCUUCCUCAUCUUCCUCUUCUUCUUCUUCACUAUCUUCUGCCAUAUCCUCAAUAAAUGACAAUGCUUUGAUUUUCCUUUGUUGUCGCCUCUUUUCUUCUAGUUUUGCUUCUAAUUGUCUCUGUUUUUCAAACUCUACUUCUUUCUCUUUUUGUACUAAUCUCUUAGCUCUCUCUUGGACAAUUGUUUCUUGUUUGGCUUUCAUUUCAGUUAGGGUUACCAAACCAAUAGUAGAACUUUUAAGUUGUGCUUCCACUGCAUCGUAGUGUUUAGCAAAUUUAUUUUCAAUAUUUGAUAAUUUCAUUUCUUCUUCAAUUUUUUUCUUACGCAACUCAGUUUCGGCUUGCGCGAGUUCUCGCUUUUUCAUUAAUUGCAUUGCACGCCCAGCUUCACUGGCAGCUCCUUUGUAAUGUGCCAUUUUACAAUAAUUGUCUAAAGUUUACUAUAUUUACCAAUAUAUUAUAUAAUAUGAAUACCUCAACGAAUUCUUACUGGUAUUUUAAAAUUAGUGAAUUCAUCAAAAAUAUUUUUACUUACAUGUAAAUCGAUGCGGCUUUGGAUAUGCUUCUAAACAAUCUAAAAAUUGAAGAGAAUAUCAGAAAAUUGUACACGCACUAAAUGUACAACAGAACGCCGAAAACGUCAUUUAAUCAGAAGUUACCAUCGUUACUGUGGUUAAUUUACCGGUAAUGAAGUUAGUAACACGCUUACCGGCAGUGUUUAAAAGUUUAGCACAAUGUUAUGAACCACUUGAGUUACGCAACAUUUUGUUUUGGUUGUAUAAAUAUUGUUAAUGUUUAUCUAGUUACUAGUUAGUGUUAAUAGUUUUCAUCAAUCAUUGGAUCUGUAAUUUGAGUUUAAUAAAUUAUUAAGUCUUCAAUUGUGUUUUUAAAAUUUAUUUAUUUUACUCAUCGUAAAAAAAGAUGUCUACAUUAUUUGGUGUUUCUUUAAAUCCUUUUUCAACACCUGUAGGUGAAAAAAUUGGUGAGUUUUUGUCUAUUUUGUAUGUACCUAUUUACUCUGGUAUUUACCAUAUUGAUCAUUUUAUAAUAUUGGAUAAAAAAAUAAUUGUAGAUACGUGCUUACACCUACAUAACUAAUAUAAUAUUAUGACCUAUUUAAUGUUUACUCUUAAUGAAUCAUUUAAACCAUACAGUUUUAACUGUUCAAAAUGAAGUAUAACUUUUAGUAGGUGUCCUUGUAUAAUACAAAUUAAUUUUUGUGAAUUCAACAUGCUGUUGAUAUUUAUGGAUUAAAAGACAUUGUAUUUAUACAAUUUAUUGUAUAAGUAUAAAAAAAUAAUUUUAGGUAUAAUUUAAAAAAACCUGUCCAUGAACAUUGUCUAAUUUGUAUAACUAAAUUUAUAAUAGUUAUCAGAUUUUCUAUUUUUGAAGGUUUAAACAUUAGAUAGUCAUAAUAAUCAUUAUUAUAAUUGUAUGACAACAAUAAAUUCUUUAUAUUUAGUUUAAUAGUUAUUUUUAUAAUUAUCUGAUUAUAUAAUUACCAGCAAAUAUUUAAAUUAUUUUAUUUCACAUUUUUUAUACUAGGUACUAUGUGGUCAAAUCAAAAUUACUUAGUACUUUCCAUAAUUAAUAAAAAAAUUGUUUUUUCGAUAAUGACAUAUAUUAUUGAAUAUUUAAUGUGUACAAAAUAUAUAUUUGUGAUAAAGAGACAUCAAUAACCAUUUAUUGUUAAUUAUUAUUAUUAUAUAAUAAAAUUUCAUUAUACAUUUUGGCGACGAAGAAAUCAUGACCUGAUUCGACUUAUAUAGACAAGUAGACUGUUUGUCGAUUACUAUUAAAACUAUAAUUUAUUUAUAAUUUAAAUUGAUCUUAUGUUUCAUAUUUUAUUAUUACUUUAUUAUUGUAAAGCAAUUAGAUAUUCAAAUUAAUUAUCUCUGUUUAGAAAUAUGUAAGUACUUAAAAAAAUAUAGAGUAUAUCUACCUUAUAAAAGUGUAAAACUAUUCUAACCUAUUCAUGUAUUUAAAUACUUUUUUGCUUUACUUAUUUAAAUAAAUGUUAAAAGUGUUACAUGUAUUAAUGCAACAAAGGAGCAGUUAGUUUUACUUAGAUAUUUGUUUGUUUUUUGGUUUACAAAAUACUCAUAUUUUUUUAUGCCAUGUAUUUUAAUACAUAUGAGAUAUGUGGAUUUUUUUUCUCUGAAAUACUUUAUUCUUAACAAAUAUUUUGAUUCUCAACUGUAAAAAGUAAGAAUGGUUAUAAAAUUAAACGUAGGAUGGAAAUAGAAGAGCAAAAAAGAAGUAGUUAGACUCGAUUUAGACUAAUAUGAGGGUGGUCGGUAUAUGUGAGGAUGAUAUAGAUGAACGGGUCAAGUAGAAAUUAAGGAUGAUAGUGGCAUACUCCAAAUAGUUGGGAUAAAGGCCACAGAGAAGAAGAAUAAAACAGAUAACAAAUGAUUAUUUAUUGGUUUAUUUUUAUUUAUUUCUAAGUUAUUUUAAUUACAAGGGGAAAAAACAUGACUAAUACUAUUACUUUACUAGUGUACAGAGCUUUACUCAGAAUAAUUUUUCCAUUGAGUUUGUAAUUUUCAGUAUAUAAACAAAAUAUGCUAGACCUUCCAAAUUUAUUGUGAAAUGAUUAUUAUUAUUAACAUAAUAAUAUAUUUCAAAUUAAUAUAAAUAACAUUAUCUUGUUAUAAUGGUAAUAUAUGGUUUCAUUAAUUUCUUACUAUAUAAUCACCAAUCACCAUAUUAUAAUUAAAUUCCAAAAUGUUGAACAUGCCAAAUUUACUGUUUUCAGUUACUAUAAAUAGUCUAUUAAUAACUGAUUAAUACUAAAUAUUAAUAAACCUUAAUUUGUUUGUUAUGCUUUAAUAUAAUUACUAAUUAAUUAUAAUUGUUUCAUUUUUAGUUUUAAUCUUAAAUCAAUACCUAAUUUUCAAGAUCUUUGUGUAAUGUUUAACUCCGAAUUAAACUUUUCUUAUCAUAUUAAAAUGAUAAAUGUGUAAUCUAGGAUACAAUUUAAUUUGAUUUUGAAUAUUUUUUGCUGUUCUUAGAAUUAUGUGCAAUUUUUAUGUAAAUACUGUAUUAUUAAUUUGAUUUGAUUAUACAUUCUAAUAAUUUAUAUCUCUUUUCAAAUUUGCAAUAAGAUUGUUAAUUUAUGGAUAAAUAAAAAACAUUAUAUACUGUACUAUUAUAUUAUUAUAAUAUGAAAAUUACAAGUACCUUUAUAUAAAUAAAUUGAGAAACUUCAAAAAACAGAGUUUACAAUAUAAUAAUUAGUAAUAUAAGGCAUGUUGAUUAUACUAUUUUUUUUUUUUUAUGAAAAAUAGAAUUUUUAUUAAACAGAUUUAAAUGUGAAAAUUUGUAAUGUUUUAAAAACAAAAAUAUUUUUUUUAUGAUUAAGUACUCAUCCAUAGUACUCAGCCAUACUAUAUUAUUCAUGUUUUUAAAUAGGCAUUGUGUUAAGUAAUACUUUAAUAACAUCAAUUUUAUGAUAUAUACCAUUUCGGUAAUUAAAAUAUUUUUACUAUGCACGCAAAAAAUCACAUUGACAUAUAUAUACAACUUAUCUUUAACUAUUUUAAAUUAUUAUUCUUUAUAUUUAAAUGAAAUUGAAAUUAAUAAACUUAAAAAACUUUUCUAUCUAUUACUACUAUUACUAAGCAUUUAAACUUGGUAAACAUUAUUUUAUACCAAAAGUGGAAAUUUUAUAAUAGAUCUUUAAUACAUCUUUAUAUGAUCCAAACAGAUCCGAAUCUGCAUAAAACCAUUAAUAAAUAUAUUACCAACUUUAUUAUUUUCGAUUGUGCCCCUGUUAUAUAAUUAUGAAAAGGGUGCAGAAUAAAAAGCACUAAAAAUAUCUGAAAUAUGCCUUAUAAUAUGACCUAAAAAUCCUUAAAAUAAGCACUAUAAUAUACCAUAAAAAUAUUUAAAAUAGCAAGAAAGAAAAUGUAUUUAUUUAGUUUUUCUUCUAUUAACAAUUUAAAAAAAAUUAAAAUACAUGUGGCUGAAUAUUCUAGGAAAAAAUAAAUAAAUACAUUCAAUAAGAAGUUAUAAAUGUAUACUGUUUUGAUAUACCAAAAUGUCCCGGGCUUCCAAUAAAUAGAUUUAUAAUAUGAAAUUAAAAUAUUGUUAUUUUUCUAAUGGGUUCAUAUAAAUGACACAUUUUUUCUAUUAUUUUUCAUUUUUCAACAAGAUUUGUGAAAAUACAUAAUAAAUCAUUAUGCGUAUUAGCAAUAUAUAACACCAAAACAUGAAAAAUAGCACUAAAAAUCUAAAAUACUUCAAUUAUACAAAAAAUAGCAAUAUAAAAUUUCAUAUUUGGAGUUCCUGAUACAUAAAAUAAAUGUAUAGCUCACUCUGCUAUUUUUAUCUGUAUCCUAUAAUAACUAGUAAAUACUAUAAAAUCUGAGUCCUGAUUAUAAUAUUUUUAUCUACAGAAUUAGCAACUGACGGUGGCUUGGCUUCUGAAAAUUGGUCACUCAAUAUGGAAAUUUGUGAUAUGAUCAAUGAUACAGAAGAAGGGCCUAAAGAUGCAAUUAAAGCGAUUCGUAAAAGAUUACAACAAAAUGCAGGCAAAAAUCACAAAGUUAUUAUGUAUACUUUAACGGUAAAUGUUAUAAAAUUAUAACUAAGUAAAUAGCAACCGGGUCUAGUUAUUGUCUGUAAAAAGCAUUCAAUAGCUUUUCAAAGUAAAUAUUCAAGCAAUUGUUUUUGUAAAAGUUAAUAAACUAUUAAAAUAAAAUAAAAAUUCAAAGAUAGAAAUCUAAUUAAAAAAUAAUAAUGUAAUAAGUAGUCAACAUAUUCUUAUGACAUUUAUAUGCCAACAGUUAAAUGCAGCAUAUUUAAUGAUCUUACUUUGCGCAUGAAUUUAGUAGAAUAGAUUUUGGUAUUCUCAGAUUAAACUGGUCUAUAUUUACUAUGGAAAAUGACGGUGAAUUCUUCUUUUCUUAGGCAAUAAUUAGACCAAUAAUAAAAUAAUGUUUUGCUGUAUAUUGUUAUUUAUAAAAGAGUUAAUUUAUACAAAAUAUGUAUUGAAUAAUAUUUUUGUUUAACUCUAGGUUUUGGAAACUUGUGUAAAAAAUUGUGGUAAAAGAUUUCAUGUUUUAAUUUGCAACAAAGAAUUUUCCCAAGAAUUAAUUAAACUAAUUGGUAAAUUUUUCUAUUUUUAAAUAAUACUAUACGUUUUUUUAUUUUGGCAUUAUAUUUAAAUUUAGGUCCAAAAAAUGAUCCACCAUCUAUUGUACAAGAAAAAGUAUUGAGUCUUAUUCAAAGUUGGGCAGAUGCAUUUCGUAAUCAACCUGAUCUUCAAGGAGUUUACCAAGUUUAUAAAGAACUCCGCCAGAAAGGAAUUGAGUUUCCUAUGACAAAUCUCGAUACUAUGGCCCCAAUUCACACUCCACAUAAAGUAAAUUUUAUAUGAAUUUAAAUUAAAUAUUUAUUUAUUUUUAUAAUUUUUUGUUAUAGAGUUUCUCUGAAGAACCCAAAUCAGUUGUUAACACUCGUCCACGUGAUCAGAUAAAUGUUCAAUCGUUAAAACCAGAACAACAUCAUAAACUUAACAGUGAUUUGGAAUUAGUACGAGGUAAUAUUACUGUACUAAAUGAAAUGCUCUCAGAAUUGAUUCCUGGUAAAGAAGACGCAUCUGAUGUUCAACUUUUAACUGUAAGUAAUUGAAUAUGUAUAAACAUUGAUUAUACAUAUAAUAUAGAUAUGCUACUCAUAAAAAUGUUCAUAUUUUAAUUAAUAAUAUAGUUGUAAAUUUCUAAUAAGUUUUUUUUUUAUUUUUGUUGUUUAAAUAUUUCUCUUAAAUGUACUACAAUUUAAUAAAAAACUUGUUAUAACGGUUAAUAAUUGGAAAUAUAUCUAACAAUAAUAUAUAUUAAAUAGAAAAUUAAUAACUGCAUUUGUGGAAUUGUUCACACAUUUUAACUAUAUUAAAAAUAAUUUUAGGAAUAUUCCUAUUUUUUUUUAUUUUAUAAAUAUGGUUGGUUUUUAGGAAUUGUAUACAACUUGUAAAGCAAUGCAAGAAAGAAUUGUUGAACUCCUUGCCAAAUUACCGGAUGGUGAAUUUACUGAACAGCUUUUAUUAGUCAAUGAUGAUCUAAACAAUGUCUUUUUACGGUUAGUUUGUAUAUUAUUAUUAACUAUCUAAUAUUAAUAUAUAUUUAAUACAAUUAUAUUAUUAUAAUAUGUAAUACAGAUACAGUAGAUAUGAAAAUAAUAGAGAAGCCGGUUGUAGCACUACCACAGUAGACAGCUCGCCCAUAAAAACAACAGAUUUACUUCAAGGCUUUCUUGAUGAACCAAUCGCUACAACUUCAAAUGAAUUUUCAAAAUUAAGUAAAUAUAAUAUUUUUAUACAAGAAAUUUACAUUUAAAACUUGUAAAUAAUAUAAUAUGUUUUUGGAUUUUUUAACAAAUUUUAUAAGGUGUUAGCAAUGACAACUCCAAAAAAACUCCACCUACAGAUUUGCUUACCAGUAUUCAAACAGAUGACUUUGAUAUGUUUGCACAGUCUCGAUCAGUAUCAUAUGAAAAUACAAAAAUUGGGUAACAAUAAUGUUUUGUUAUACAAUUAUGUACAGACUAAUCCACUUAUCAUGAACCAGUGAUUUUUUUGGAAGAUUUUAUGUGAAUUUGAUUUCUGUAGUUUUUAGAUUCUCAGUGGAGCAAGGAAUGUUUUAGUUUUACAAUGAUGUUUUUUUUUUCCUUUGGAUAACUUUUCUGCUAGUAAUUUAGCCUAGAUUAACAAUAAUAGCACUUUUUCUGAAAAGAAAUCUGACUGGGGAGAUACUUUAAGGAGGCAACUUUAAAAUUUUCCCAGGAAUUUUCUAAAUAAAUGGGAAAAGCAAGAUUAUAGAUACAAUAUUAAACAAAUAUUAUUAAUGAAAAUAUAUAAUGCAUAAUAUCUUAUUAUUUUAUCAAAAUAUGACAUAUAUGUAUUGUUGACAAUGCAACACUAUUAAAUGAACUCUGCUCAGAAUUGUUUUUUCUUAGCAAUGGUUAAUCGUCUUGUACAAUUAUACAUUAAAUUUCCCCUCCCUCUACUACCUUCCCAACUUCUCAUCUACAAUAAUAACUCAUCCAUGUCCGAAGUAUAUCUGUCUUUUCAAUUUAAACAAAUCUAUGGUUUAUGAUAGAUGGAUCACCAUGUUUAUAUACAUUGUGUGUGUGUGUGUGUAUGUAUACAAAUUAACUGUCUUCACAUUAUGAAUAUAGAGGGAGUAGUUAUGAUGCCAAUUUAAUGCCAGAUCAAGUGAACAGUUUAGCUUCUUUGACUCAAGCUCGAUCACAAAAUGUUACUACAAAAGAUGUAAGUAACCUUUACAGUUUAAUUUAUAUCUAAUAAUAAUUUUUUUUUAUUAUUUAAAAAAAAAAGUGGAUUAAUAGAAUAUGAUGUAUUAUUUAUAAUUUUAAUCACGUUUGUAUAAAGCAAUUAUUAUGUUUGUAACACUUGUGUGUGUAUUGUGUGGGUUCUGACCUUAGGAUUGUGCUCACGAAGAUGUCAUCAGGGUAAGAGUAUAUUGUUUAUAAAAUGAAAUAAUGCCCUGAUAAUAUGUUUUAACAUUACUAGCUUAAUGCACAUAUCAAUUAUAUCUGACAAAUUUCAUGUUAUUUUUUAAUAUCAAAAUUUGAAUUAUUAUUAUUAUUUAAGACAGAGGUAUUCAAACAUUUUAUGUAGCUACACGAGACCUUGCAAGUAUUGGUUAAGUGAGUUGAAGCACAGAAGGAGAAAGUAAAUAUUAUCAGGAUGUUAAAUUAUUAAUAACAUUAAUUUCUUAUGUUUAAAAAAUAUUUUAUUUUCAUUUUUUCUGCAUAACAAUCAUCAAGUAAAUUUCUUUUUCAUUAUUAAUUAUUUAGAGCUACCAAAAUGUAUUGAAUAGACAAGGGAGUUAUCGGAUGAAUAAGUUUGAAUACCUCUGAUGCACCAUAUGUUUUGAUACUUACAUUAUUAAUUCAUUAAAUGCAUGAUUUUUUCACCAAUUUGUUUGAUUAUCAGUUUUUAGUUCAAUUUAACAAAUACUAUAUACACAACACUUAAGAUAAUAUAAUAUAGAUUUUUAUAAUAAUUAUUCUUAAAACAAUAAUAAUUAAUCAAUUGAACUUAAUUACUCAAUGUAAGGAACUUUCAGUAAUUUAAAGAAAGGGAUAUGAUUUAAUACAUUAAGGUAAUAGUAAUAUUAGGAUAAAAUAUGUACCGUAAAAUAUAACUAUGAAUGUUGAAAUGUAAUUUACAAAUCUAAAUUAGAAACAGAUUUAAAAAGGUUUGGAAACUUUCAAGUGUAUUAUAAACAUGUUUUCUUAAAUAAUAAAGUGAAUGACUACUUAUUGAAAUACUUUAUAAUAAUAGUUUCAAUAUUAACACAUUUCAUGUAAACAAUCAAAUUUUUUGAGGCCUCUUGACCGGAAUGUUUUUUAGUUUUUAUAUUUAUAAAUAUGUCUAUAUGACAAUAUUGAUGAUUUGUAUUUAUAAGUUCAAGUAUGACAAAUGAUUGGUAUUUAUGUUCUUAACAAACAAUAAGAUAUCAAAAUUAAAUGUAUAAAUUUGCUAUUUAAAAUUAAGCUUUUUUAAUUAUUUUCCAAUUAAAAUAUAUAAAACGCUAAAUCCAACAAAGUAGAUAAAUUUAUUAAAAUCUUCCAUUAUUGCAUUUUUUACACAAUGAACUAUCAUAUCCAUAAUUUAAUUUCUAAAAUGAUAGUUUUAUUACUUUUUUAUUUUGUUGCAUACAUUUUCAUUUUCAUCUUUUAUAUAUUUAUUUAUGUUAUGAUAAUUUGUAUAAUUUUUUUUAUAUUGUUUUAAUUAACUAAAUUUUAAUUAUAUUAAGUAUUGCUAUUUUGUUUUUAUUUGACAAUUUAUUAUUUAUAAAUUGUAAUAACAAAUUGUAAUUUCUAACCAUCCAUUACAAAGUUGUAUUAUAUUUAAUAUAAACAUUUCUAUUUCAAAAUUUUAGAUGCACAGUGAACAAGAUUUUGAUGAAAUAGCAGCUUGGCUUAGUGAAAAUGUAAGUGCAAAAUGGUUUUAUUAUUUUAUAUCAAAGUUAAUAUUAUUAUAAUAUAAUAAUAGUAAAAUUCUUACUAAAAUAUCAAUCAAAAAAGAUUUGAGGACAGGUAGUUUUUGUGUACAAACAAGAUCAUUUUUUGAUACAAAGAGUGAUCAACAUAAUAGUAGGCCACUCAUUAACUUAGAAUGUGUUAAUUUUUUUUGCAAUUUGUUUUUUAAAAUAUUUAAAAUAUAAGUAGUUUUAAAAUUUUACAUUUCUGUUAUUUUUUGUCGCCUUCAUUUUAAUAGGUGAAACAACUGCUCACUUUUGAUCUGCAAAUAGCAACCUAUAUUAAAAAUACCACAAAUAGUGGCAGUGUUGAUUUUAAUAUAUUUAGUGUUGAUAUUUUUGAUUUCCUUCAACCCUUGACAAGAUAUUAUUUCACUUUAAGUUAAGAGAGUUGUGUAGCAUCAUUUAUUUUACCUAUUGCCCAGUGUUUGAAUAGAAAAUUGCGGAAGUAGAAGUGUAGUUGAGUAGUGGAAUAGUAUUCCACUAUAUGAUACUCUAUUACUUUCCAACUACCCAAACUUAAAAGUGGAAUAUCUCAAAAACAGAUUAAAGGAAAUCAAUGAAUUUAACACUAAAAAUUAAUUUAAACUCAAAAUUCAUCUAUUUAUGGAAUUUGUAAUAUAGAUUUCCAUUUGAAUAUCAAAAGUAUGUUGUUGUUUCAUACCCAAAAAAGGGACAAAAUUUUCUAAAAUUUAUAAGUUUAGAAUAUAUAAUUUCAAAAAGUUUUUACACUUUUGAAAAAAUAAGUGUUAAUGAAAACUUAGACUAUAACAUGAAAUUUGAAAACUCUAUGUAUAUUUUUUUUUUUUAUGAAAUUUUAUCUUAUUUGUAUCUUUGGAUUCGUCUAAUUAUUCACCAUGUGUUUGUAUUAAAAUAAAAUUCAAACAAUUGUUUUUAAAAUAAUAGGACACGUUUAUGAAAUGGUUAAAUGAUCUAAAAAAGUCAAUACUUUCUAAGAUAUUGAGUGCCUUAAUAAUAGUCUUCCUAUUAAAAUGUAUCUAUUACACAUUUAUUCAUAUUAUUCAUGGAAUCUAUAAAAUAACUGGAAUUAGCAAUAAUAAUAAAUUUAAAAGAUUUAUGUAUAUUUAAAAUGUUCAUACUUCUGUAUUUAUAUAUUUAUAGCCAGGAAGUUCGGCUAAAACAGGAGGUGAAAUUGAAGAGUCACUAUCAAGCAGUGAAUUUGAAAGAUUUUUAGCAGAAAGAGCAGCAGCUGCUGAAAAUUUACCCCCAGGAACUACUGCAAAUGAAUCAAGACGUAAUAAAGAAAAACAAAGUGAUAUGUUUGCUUUGUAAGAAAUUCAAGUUUAUUUUUGACAUAUUUAAAAGAUUAUUUAGUCAUGGAAUAUUUAUUAUUGAGUACGUAUACUAACUUUAGUCUUUAAUGAGAAUAUUUUAAAUGAAAAAACACUGUUUUAUUUUAAACCAUUAUCCAGGUUGGUGUUCAAUUAUUUUUAUUUUGAGAAAACUAUUAUUCAUUUUUCUUUUUUAUUGUUUGAAAAUAAUUGAUAAUCAUUAAAUAAUGAAGUUCCUUGAUGAACUAAUAAAAAUAUUUAUUAAAUUAAAUAUAUUGGAUACAAUAUUCCAAAAAAAAAAAAUGUUUAAAUUAAUAUUUUCAAAUGUGUUUACAUGUAAAUCAAAAUAUUAGGAAUGAUUGUUAUGAACUUUAUGACAAAAUUAUUUUAUAUACAUUGUCUCAAAUUGUUAAAUGUUUAUUAUAAUAAACAGCUAUUAUAAUGUUUCAUUCCACUAUAGUGCAAUUUAAUUAAAAUUAAUUUAGAAUAUUAUUUUAUCUAAAUGUACUUAUUAUUGUAAAUGUACUUUUUAUUCAAUUUAAAUCAUUGUACUCCAUUUAAGGAUAUGUCAAUCUGUAUCAUUGUGUUUUUAAUAUUUAUAAAAAAAAAAUUUUAAGCCGUUUAAAUUGUAUUGUUUUUGAUUGUGUGUUAUUAUUUGUUAAGAUAUUAGUAUUUUUUCCAUAAACUUAAUUUAUAUAGUCAACACCUAUAUUCCAAUUGUUAUUUGUUUUAAACAUUUUAUUUAUUGUUAAUUUUAUUUUAGUUUUGUUUUACCAUCUGGCAUAUAUGUUAUCCACUUGUAUGCACUGUUUUAUUUAUUUAUUUGUAUGUUUAUUUGAAAUGUAUGUCAUAUUUAUACUACAUUAAAUAGUUUGUUGCACUUCAUCAUAAUUUAUUGAUUUGGGAGUUUUAUCUAAUUUUGGAUUUUAAUGUAUUUUAGGUAAAAAAUGUGUAACAUUGUUAUUACAAAUUGGUAUACAAGUGUUAAUUUAUAAAUUGUAAAGUUAUGAAUUGUAAUACACUGUUGUAUAUUAUUUUUGGGCUAUCAAAAUGUUAACCGUUAAUUAUAGAUUAAUUAUAAAAUAAAUAAAUGUUGUUUACUAUAAACAUAAUUUUAAGAAAUUCAUAAAUUUCUUAGUUUUAAAUUUUAAUUGAAC